AUGGAUUUCCCCCAGCACAGCAAGCAAGUCCUGGAACAGCUGAACCAGCAGCGGCAGCUGGGUUUGCUGUGCGACUGCACCUUCGUGGUGGACGGCAUCGACUUCAAGGCCCACAAAGCCGUGCUGGCGGCCUGCAGCGAGUAUUUCAGGAUGCUCUUCGUCGACCAGAAGGACGUGGUGCACCUCGACAUCAGCAACGCGGCAGGCCUGGGCCAGGUUUUGGAGUUCAUGUACACGGCUAAGCUAAGCCUAAACCCCGACAAUGUGGAAGACGUGCUGGCUGUGGCGGGUUUCCUCCAAAUGCAGGAGAUCGUUAGCGCUUGCAACGCUCUCAAGUCCCUCGCUGCACCAGCAGAAAGCCCCGCCAGGAGCCAGCAGCCCCCCGCCGCGAUCGGGGCUGACAAGGCGACUGUCGAGGACAAGAGGUCGGCUGCAGAACCACUGGGUCAUCUUGACAAAAUAAAACCCGUUCCUCCCGACCCGGAGGGGAAGGAAGAGACGCCCGUAGCCACGGCAGCGCAGCCUGAGGCGCAGACGGAGCAGCUGGGUGGCCAAGAAGGGGCAGAUGUUGCCAUCCAAGAGGGCCCCAACGCCGAAUUUCCCAGCCACCCGCAGCCAGGGGAGAGCAUGGUCAGCAGCAGCAGCCCUGCGGCGAAGGGCAGCAUCUCUCCGGGUGCCGAAACGGGAGAGACAGAGCUGGAAGGGAAGGAGGAAGAGGGGGAGAUGACGGCAGAGGACGAAGAGGAGGCUAAAAUCCCUGAGGAAGAACAGCCCCGGUUAGAAAAUGGAGAAAACGCCGAAGAUAAUGAAUCGGGAAGCACCGACUCUGGGCAGGAGAACUUGGGUGAAACCCGUCUGCUGCGUUCGGGUACUUACAGUGACAGGACCGAGUCGAAAGCCUACGGCUCCGUCACGCACAAGUGCGAGGACUGCGGGAAGGAGUUCACCCACACCGGUAACUUCAAGCGGCACAUCCGUAUCCACACCGGCGAGAAACCCUUCUCCUGCAGGGAGUGUAACAAAGCCUUCUCCGACCCGGCUGCAUGCAAAGCCCACGAGAAGACGCACAGCCCAUUGAAGCCCUACGGCUGCGAGGAGUGCGGGAAGAGCUACCGCCUCAUCAGCCCUGAGGCCAAAUACCGCUGCGACGACUGCGGCAAGCUCUUCACCACCUCUGGCAACCUCAAACGGCACCAGCUGGUCCACAGCGGGGAGAAACCGUACCAGUGCGACUACUGCGGGCGCUCCUUCUCUGACCCCACCUCUAAAAUGCGGCACCUGGAGACCCACGACACCGACAAGGAGCACAAGUGUCCCCACUGCGACAAGAAAUUCAACCAGGUGGGGAACUUGAAGGCUCACUUGAAGAUUCACAUCGCGGACGGGCCUCUGAAGUGUCGGGAAUGCGGCAAACAGUUCACCACUUCAGGCAACCUGAAACGGCACCUCCGCAUCCACAGCGGGGAGAAACCCUACGUCUGCGUCCACUGCCAGCGCCAAUUCGCCGACCCCGGGGCGCUGCAGCGACACGUCCGCAUCCACACCGGAGAGAAGCCGUGCCAGUGCUUGAUCUGCGGGAAAGCCUUCACCCAAGCGAGCUCCCUCAUCGCCCACGUGCGCCAGCACACCGGGGAGAAGCCCUACGUCUGCGAACGCUGCGGCAAGAGAUUCGUGCAAUCGAGCCAACUGGCCAACCAUAUCCGUCACCACGAUAAUAUCCGACCCCACAAAUGCACCGUCUGCAACAAAGCCUUCGUCAACGUGGGCGAUCUCUCCAAACACAUCAUUAUCCACACCGGGGAGAAGCCAUUUUUGUGUGACAAAUGCGGCCGGGGCUUCAACCGGGUGGACAACCUGCGUUCCCAUGUGAAGACGGUGCACCAAGGCAAGGCGGGCAUCAAAAUCCUCGAGCCGGAGGAAGGCGAUGAGGUCAACAUCGUCACGGUGGCUUCCGAUGAUAUGGUGACACUGGCCACCGAGGCACUGGCCGCCACUGCUGUCACACAGCUCACGGUGGUCCCCGUAGCGGCCGCGGUGGCGGGGGGCGGGGCCGGCGCGCUUAAAACCGGCCUCCUGGCGUCGCCUCCCUCCCGCGCCAAAGCCCAGCGCGCCCAGAACCCCGCUGGCCGCUCCGGCGGGGUCCAGAGCCCCGCUUUUCUCCUCAAUCUCCUUUUUUACCCUUUCUUCGCAAUUUUAACCCAUUCGCACCAGCGAUGGCGAUGA